AAUUGGAAUAAAAACUGCAGCAAACUUCAGAGGCUCCGUUUCUGUGCAGAUUUAACAAGACCUGGGACCUUUUCUCCUCCCGCCCCUCCAGCUUUUCCUUUGUGCAGCCUGAGAGAGGAACUCCUUGCCUUGUGCACAUUUUCCCGAGGAAGAAACAAUGGCCAAAUUCUGGUUGUCUGCAGCUGUUGGAUUGUACUUGUUGCAGCUUUGUCUGGCCCAGAUAAGUUUGAAUAUAAGUUGCAGAUAUGCAGGCGUUUUCCAUGUUGAGAAGAAUCGGCGCUACAGCCUCACAAAAGAGGAGGCCAUUGAACUUUGCAAGGCCCUCAACAGUACGCUACCAACAUGGGAGCAGAUGGAGAAAGCUUUCUCUCUUGGACUGGAAACCUGCAGAUAUGGUUACAUUGAAGAAAAAAUAGUAGUUCCCCGACAUACUCCUUAUCAUCUGUGUGCUGCAAAUACCACUGGGAUUUAUGUUCUUCAGUCAAAUAUAUCUGACCGGUAUGAUACAUAUUGCUUCAAUUCAUCAGAAGAAAGAGAUAAAGUUUGUGAUCCAGUGACAGAAUUAUAUUCCUCUUGGCCAGAUGAUCAGAGCAUCAUAGAAAUUUCCAAUGCUGAUGGAACACGAUACAUUGGGGGAAGCCUGUACACAGAACUGCCACCAGUUACUGAUGAUGACAGUAGCAUGGGCAGUGGUUCAGCAAAUGACAGAGGAACAACAGAUCCCAAUGUUAUUACAUCUGGUAUCUUCCACACCAGCUUUAAUGAAGGCGCUACUCAGUUUCCAUAUGGUGUUCAUCCUACAGAUGAGUCUCACCUACAGAGCCCUGAUGAUCCAGAGGACCACAAUGUAAAUCAUGAUAAUGAAGACCAAAAUCCUAAUAAGGAUUUAGACUCAUAUGAGAAGCAAAAAGAUUCAUCCGAAGAACUAGAAGAACCUGGAAAUGAAGGGGACAAAUACGAUGGCGGGGAACAACUUUAUCCUGGUUCUCCUGGUUCUACUGUGGUCUCCAGCAGUGAUGUCAAACAUGAAGACUCAACCCGUGACUCAUUGAUACAUGUUGUACACUCUGGAUGGGACAAUGAAGUCAGAUACUCAGCAAAUGACACAAGGGAUGGUACGCUACCUGGAACUGUUCCUCCAGGUGAUGGUGAACAUUAUUCUACAGGCAAAAUACUGGAACUGAUUAAAAACAUCAUUGUAACAGCUGUGUCGUCCAGUGGUAAUUUCCUCACACAGAAAGUAUCAACUCUGCAUUCACAAGAUGGUGUUCAUUCUGGAUUGGAAGCUGAAGCCUCAUUUCCUACAAACACGACCUCAGAUGAUUCGCAUCUAGGACUUGUUCCUUCAGAUGAAAAACAAAACGAUCUGGAAGAAGAUUUUCAUGCAGCAGUGUUCGUCAAUGGAAGUGCCAAAGAUGAAGAAUCACAUCAAGAUCAGUUAUUAUCAGUUGAUAAACCUGGAGGGAGGAGAGGAGGAAGCUCUUCCACAAAUAGAACAAGCCAUGAUGUGGUACAAAUACUUAUUCCUCCAAGUGAGAGUGACCGUGAAAACAAAUCUGCUCAAACAGACUCAAACCAAGAUCAACUUCCUUUGGGCAGUGAUGGCAGAUCAAGUCAAAAUGAACAUGAGCAGGAAUCAUCAGAUACAGCAGAUGAGGUGUCUAAUGAUGUGAUGAAACAUGAAGAAUCUACUCAGAAUCCGCCAGCACACGAAAUGCAUCCUGAUUCUGAAUGGGACAGUGAAGAACAAUAUUCUACAAACACAUCUAGUGAAGAAACUCUACCUGAAAUUAUUCCUCCAAGUGAGAAUGAACAUAAAAAUACAUCAGUUUAUACAGUUGCGGAUUCCAUUGAUGAAACCAAACAUGAAGAUGUCACUAAUCGUCCAGCAGUGCAUGAUAUGCAACAUGAACAGAGCAGAGAAAAUGAAUAUCCAACAAACAGCACAAAUGAAGAAGGACUUGCAUUUUUUCCUCCACCAGAAAACAGUAAUGAAGGCUUUCAUACAGCUGUCAUCCAUAACAAUGAUGCUCAUCAUGAAGAUUCAACUCAAGAGCCAUUACCUCCUGUUCAUCAGCCAGAUUGGCACACGGAAGAAGAAUAUUCCACUAAUAUUUCUAGAGAUGAUAUACUGAUGGGAGUUAUUGCAAAUAAUGGAAGCGAACAUGAUCCCCUACAUACAGAUGUGGUCUCCCAUGAUGGGACCAAAGAUGAAGAUUCCACCCUCGCACCAGUGAAGUAUGAUAGCGAAGACAAGUAUUCUACAAGUUCUGCAGAGGGUGUUUUGCUUCCUGGAAUUGUUCCUCGGAGAGGGACAAAUCACAAAAAUAAUACUUAUCAUACAGGUUUGGUCCCCAAUCAGCCUGAAGACAGAGGAUCACAGCAGGGAGAUUCAACACCAGAAACCCAGCCUCGAGCUGCUCAUAUUCCAGAUUGGCUGAUCGUAGUUGCUUCUCUUUUGGCCCUGGCAUUGAUACUUGGUGUUUGCAUUGCUGUGAACAGCCGGAGAAGAUGUGGACAGAAACAAAAGCUUGUGAUCAACAAUGGCAAAGGGGUGGUGGAUAACAAAAACAUGGGUGGACUGAAUGGAGAAGCCAGUAAAUCUCAUGAAAUGGUACACUUGGUACACAAAGAGCAGCCAGAAGACCAAACAGGGUCACACGAUGAAUUCCUGCAAAUUGAUGAAACAAACAACCUACAAGAAGUAGACUUGAAGAGUGGUGUGUAAGCAGCCCAUGUUAUUCCAGUUGAACCAGAGUUGGCAAAAUAAAAAUUUGCGUGGAACUGGGACUAGAACUCACAAAUGCAAUGUGCUACUGAUGUCUCUUAAACAUAAUUAAGCAUACAUUUUUUCCCUCUCUCUCUCUGUUUUGAUGGUCAGGUAGAAGAUGAAUAUGUCAUUUUUCUCUGCCCAACAUUGCAUAAUUUUGCCCAGUCCUGAAUGGGGUCACCCAUAUCAUUGCCAUCACCUGUCUGCUUAUCAUGGUCUCUUAUUUCAUAAAGAACAAUAGUAACUUUGAUAAGGAGAAAUAUCCCUCACCCCAACACAUGCAUUAUUUCCCCUCACCACCGGAACGUCUUACCAUUAAGAUAUUUAAGGUACUAAGUGUAUCUGUGCCUACACAAUGUGUGCUAGAGAGCUACAAGAAAGCGCUACACAGAGGAGUCAACACAUCAGAGUGGAACAUAAUUCCUUGGCAUCACCUCUUAGCCCUGAAGACUUUGUCAGAUAUGUAGAAACGAUGUCCUUCAGUUAUUGUAUCUUUAAAAAAACAUUCAUCCAAAACUUCCACAGAUGUCCCAUAAUAUUUCUAAACAGAAAGGGUGGAAAGAGAAGAAAGAAUAAAUUUGAUUUUAUAGCUAAUAAAAUUUUAUUCUUUGUAAUCUAAAUAACCUGUGCUGUUAUCUUUCAGUUUUCUGUCUUUACUGUGUUGUUCAUAGCUGGGAAUGAUAAAUCAAUUUAUUGAUCUCCAUUCAACGUUCAAGCUCAGUGGACUGCUCAUGUAGUACUGCACUCUUUGCAACAGAUAGGAAAUCUGAAUCUAAGACUCCCCUGGACUCCCACUAUACAAGUGGAUUUCUCAAACAACUAUUUUGUACUGUAUGAAUUAUUUAAAUCCAGUCUUGAGAACUGUGCAUGAAGCUGUGAGUGCUGGAUUUGGAAGAACUGAGCAUCACACAGAGAUUAUGCAUGCCCAGUGUUGGUUCUGUGUUCAUUAGGGCUAUGGUGGUAAUUUUACUGCCCUGAAAACAGGACUAUCUCUUCCUGUGUGAAAAGUAACAUAUAGCAUUCCAAUUCUUAACCAAUUUAUCAUAUUUUCCUGUUGUAUAUUAUUUGGAAUAUCUUGCUGAAGUCAGAUUUUUGAUAUUACCUUUUACCCUUCUUUGGGGGGGGGGAAUUCUGUUUUAUCUGAUUUCUUUUGUUUUAUUUCUAGUCUGCUGAAUAAAGUGCUGCACAUUAAUUUUACCCAGGGAGAGAGAAGGCCAAUCAAGGCAGUAACCAUCUCUCAGUCAUCACCCCUUUGUACCCAUCAAUAUGUACUGGAGUUCACCUCCAACAAAUGGCCAAUACAUACAAAUAUUAAAAAUUCUAUACACAUCUUCUUUAUUGCACAAACAAAAUAAAUUUUACAAACCCUGGGAAAGUAAAAGGUCAAUAUAAUUAUGCUGAACAAUGUAAAAUAGUUGCAAUUGUAUUUGCCAUACUUCCUUUGUUCUUCUGUAUGUCAAAUUUGUUUAAAAUGUUUUUGUAUAUAACUAAAAGUGUUU